AAAGAAACCAAGAUAUUACAAGAGCAAAGACGCAAAGUUUCCGCCAGACGUGUGGAGCUGUUGCCUCUCGCGGCUUCCGGAGAAUAAGGGACGUCAACACACUCCACCGUCAUGGCGUCCACUCUGGAGAGCAAAGUAGAGGAACGCAAGGACAACAAUGAAAAAACUGUGGACAGAGAGAAAACUUGCCCCUUGCUGCUGCGUGUCUUCUGCUCCAAUGGCCGCCACAAUAACAUAGGGGAGUACCGUAGGGGCAACACUCCUCCUAAUGAACUGCAAAUAUACACAUGGAUGGAUGCCACUCUGAAGGAAAUUGGCAGCCUCAUCCUGGAGGUGAACCCUGACACUCGGCGGCGUGGCACAGUGUUUGAGUUCCGUCUGGUGUACCCGGAGCUGACCAAGACCAUCCCCCGCAUGAAGGAACUCGGCUCCAUUGUGAUUGGUCAGAAGGGCUUUGAUGACAACAAGACUUUAGCUCAGUUAGGUUUUGUGAUAGGAGACUUCCUUGACAUUGCCAUCACCAGCCCUGGCCGGGGUAUGCCACCACAGCGACGGAUGAGACCCUACUAGCACCUUCGUCCCUGUGCAUUCCGAGGGUGCUUCAAGGCCACAUGGGAUUACCCAAAGCACAGGCAGAUAAGAACUACUCAUUGAACUUCAGUACAAUUCCUUUUACUGUUAAGGGUUUAGAGAGAUGGAAUCCUUAAUGUUGUAGACUUCAAUGUGGCUGUGUAGUCUUCUAGUAUUGAAUAUCUCUUCUCAAUUUAGAUUUCUAUCUUGGAUAAGUCUGGCUUUCCAGUCUCUGUCUGUGUUGGAUAUUGCUUUAUGUAAACUUUUCUCUGAGGAUUGAUAAGGCUCUGUAAUGCCAGUCAUGCACAAUGGUGUGUUGAUGUUGAUGGCAUUUGUGUUGUCCUAACAGGACAGUUAAGGCUGAUGAUGAUGUUGGUUUGUGUGGUGAUGUGUCAGACACAUUUCUUUGAAUGCCCUGACAGGCAUUCACUUCCCACUCAAGAGUCUCUCAUAGCCAAUUUAGUUUCCAUUCAUAUUAGCUAGUGAGGGAAGGAAAACUCACCAUUGUUUGUAUACCUUGCUUUCUUAUAUUUUUCAUUUAGGUGUUAAAUAGACAAAUUUGAUCAUGUUCAGAAUAGAAAAUUUGAUUAUCUUAUGAUAAUGUAUUUUGUCUUAUAAGUUGAACUGUAUAGUUUUUUUUAUUAUUGUUUUAUUAUAUGUAUUCUCUCAGCUCACUUAACAUCAUAUCUCUACAGAUUUAGAAAUAUAAAAGCACUGCAUUUUAUAUGAAUAAAUUUGGAAGUGCA